ACCAACCUUAUUCUCAAUUCCUCAUUUUUGAUCCACAUUUUCACUAAUGGCUUCCAAUUCAAUCAGCACUUCCCGAAGCUCUAACUCUUCAUGGACACCUAAACAGGACAAGCAAUUCGAAAUGGCGUUGGCUACAUAUGACCAAGACACUCCUGACCGCUGGCAAAACGUUGCAAGAGCAGUUGGUGGAAAAUCAGCUGAGGAGGUAAAGCGACAUUACGAA